CUGGAAAACUUUCCCUCUCCUUCACCGUCAGAGUUGGAGAUGACGUCACUUUGCCUUGUGAAAAUGUGAUAGACGGUCAGCAAGAAUGUGAAAAUACUAUAUGGCUCUUUGUUGAUUCAGGAAACACAGCAGCAGUACAGCUGGCUAAACUUGGGCAGAUUGUUGAAAACACCAAAGCUAAAUCAGACAGACUGAGUGUUACAGAGAACUGUUCUCUGGUUAUAAAGAAGGUCACAGUCGAGGAUGUUGGUCGUUACACCUGCAGACAGUUCAUAUCAGGACAACAAGUUCCAGACUCUCAGGUUUAUCUGUCUGUUAUUACCAUGACUGAACGUAAGGACGCUGAUAAGGAGACAUUGUGGUGCUCUGUGUUGAAAUAUAGACAGUUCUGUAGUCACACAGUGAAGUGGCUGUAUGAGGGUAAAGAUGUGGACAAAGAUAACAAAGACAUGAAGACAUGGCAGGCUGACUGCUACGCCGCUGUGUCUUUCCUGGAUUCUCAUUUUAGUUACAAAUCAAAGUCUAACUUGAAGUGUGAAGUGACAGAUGGUGACUCUGGAAAAGUGCAGCUGUUCACCUUCAGCCCUCAGUCCUCAGGUGAGAAAACAGGUGACGCACAAACAACAACAACAACAACAACAACUGAAAACACAAAAUCAGUGACAGCCACAACAACAACCAAUGAAACCUCAAUAAAACUACAAGGUUUGCUGGUCAAGGUGUUUCUGGGAGUUGCAGCUCUCUUAAUAACUGUUGUUAUUGUUGUUGCUCUCAUCAGAUGGAAGAAAACUAAAGGAAAAAAACCCCAGAUGGAUGAAAACACUGGACGGAGCUUAAACCCUGCAGUGAGUCCAGAAAGCAGUCAGGACACGGCUGAUCCUGAAGAUGGUGUUUCCUACGCCUCCAUCAGCUACACCAGGAAGACCAACAGUAAAGGCCGGGUUCUGGGUAAAGAUGGUGAUGAUGAAGAUGAUGCAGUGACCUACAGCAGCGUGAAAGCUUCCUUCUCAGCUGAUCCCAGCGACCUCUACGCCACCGUCAACAAACCAAACAAAUAAGAGACCACAGUGUAGUUACAGCUCAUAUCAUUACAAUUCAUUGAUAACUGAUAAAUGUUUUUAUUAGACUUAUUUUAUGAUCAUUUUCAGGAUUUAUUGCUGUAAAAAGCCUUUUAGUCCAGAAGGGGGUGCAGUAGGUUAACUAGUAGCACAAUAACAACAUUAUCUGGCUGCUUGAAAUGUAACUGAACAUAAUAUAUGGGACAUUUAGCUUGAUGAACUUGCUGUCAGGCACUUUAAUGUGCUAGUGCUGUGUUGUAGUUAAACAUGUAUUAGUUUUUACUGUUAUUUCUGUAUCAGCUGUUAUUGUUUGAUAUGCAGUCAUUUUAACAUCUAUAUCUCUGUUCAGGUUAUUUUUUAUGUUCUGUUAUGAAAGUAAUUUAAAGCAAACUCAGAGGAAGUGGGACAGCGCUCAUCUUGAUUGAGUCUCUUUUGAGAGUUGAAUCAAACAGCUGAAUGAGAGGAAAAUGUGGAAACACACAAGUGUUAAAGUUUCACCGGUGUUAAUUCCAGAUACCAGCUCAUGUCAGCCAUAAGAAAAGAAGGUCUGUCUGUAGUUUUUCAGUGAUAUCACUUAUUAUUAAAUCAAUUUUUACUGCC